UCAAACAGAACCAGGCAGAACUCGGCGCAGUUUUGUUCUAAAAAUAAACAUUUUUCUUUCAAAACUGGGCCCAGGCGUACUGCGUGGUGAAGUUUUUUGUGAAUUUACUUUAGCUAGGUAAAAUAAUACGUUCUCUGAAAAACGCUGGUGUUUAGUGUUUUAGGCAAAUCCGUCCGGCUGGCCACGGACGGUUCAGAAAAGAGGGCCCCGUCUUCGCCACGGUGAUGUGGAAUAUAGCGCCUCGAUACAGCAAAGCUCUUCGAUACCCACUUGCUACCAUCGGAUGAUUAUGUACCCGUAGUGUCCGUUCAGGAAACCAUUGCACAUCAGCAGCCUUCCUUGGGCAGCCUAGCAACGGCGUGAAGACGAAGGAAUAACAAUGGGAAACCCAAGCCUAACCUACGAGAUUUUACUCUAUCUCAAUUCGUUUUACUUUGGCAUGUUCGCUACCUGUGAACUAGGAAUGCUCACUCUGAAGGCAGUCAAUUUGAAGUAUCCGGAUCAUAUUCUGCUUCGGGAGGCGUGCAUCCUGGUAGCAUUGUGCUUGGUUGAAACGAUCCGAAUCAUCCUGGGCAGACGGGGUAGCCUUAGUGACCACGGUUGGCAUGUGAUCCUGUCCGUAUUUCUUACAAUUCCUUGCGGGAUGGGCGUAGGAUAUCUUCUCUUUUACCAGCUGCACAGACUACGCCUGGAGUACAUCCUAUGUGCCUUAAUGUUAUCACUACAGGCAGCAGAACUGCUCUUUGCAAUACUGUUCGUAUUCACGCUGUGUCGGCCGCCUUCCUACGAUUAAUUUCUAGACCAUCGUGACAAACUGCCAACGCUCUAGUAACCGAUUUCCGCCCAGAUUGUCUGGACCGGCCUACCAUGGCAGAAUGACGUCGUAAUUCCUAAGGGCUUACCGUUCCUGGCCGAGUUAAAAUUACCAUUCGGCGCACCUAUUGUAGUUGAUAUCGCAAUGCACAUCAGGUUGCAUUUGCACAUACCAAUGUGCCCCUCGAAUCGGACGCGGAAACAUCAUCAUCAUCAUCUUGCUCAAAUGGCCAAAAAACCGGUGCCAUCGUAAGGCUGGUAGUGAAUAGGUGCCAUGUAGUUUAUCGUAGAGUAUUGAAAAUCAAAAACCGAGCAGAAUUUUUAUGCCAUCUACAGCAAUUUUGGGCAGCUGUGUGUAUCAUGGACAAAGAAAACCAAUUGUUGUCAUACAGUUUAUAUGCUACUGUAGGAUAGAAUUAAUGCAUAAUUGCAAGCACAUGCCCACGGCACAUUACGAAAGCUUUCUUCAGUAUAAUGAACUGUGCACCGCCGCCUUCUCGAGUAUCUUUCCAUACACACCAACAAUGAAUUCACCAAAAGCUUUCCUAAACUUAAGAGCACAAAAUGAACCACUUAAUUCGAUACCAAAGAGCUUGAUUUCUAGUCUAUAGUUGCAUAAUUGAUUUAAACAAAACUUCCGACCAUCGACGGACCUUCCAAAGAGUACGGUCCUGUGUUUUACCUAAUCAAAUACUCUAUGUAAUAUAUCUUACAACUUUUUCUAUCUUGCGAUAACACAACUAAAACACAGACACACUUAAUGCUAUCGCCGCAUUCUUAAAAUCAAAAUAUUACUAGCAAUAGGUGGCAGCGAUACAAAGCGGGUUUCAGAAAAUCUAGAAACUAGUCAUUGUUGAUGCAUAUGCGCAUGCAGUGCAUGUGCGUGUGGGAACACUUAGAUAAUUUUGGAAUAUAAAAUUUGUAAACUGCUAACAACUGUGUCAAAUAUCAGGUACGGGCACACGCCGGAAGAGAAAAUUGAAAAGCAAAUACUUUACUAUAAUCAACCAUUAUUAAACAGUGUCAUAAAAUUUUGAAAAAUGUUUACCCUAACGUAAUACCGGAAGGUGAUAAAAACUCAUAUAUCAAUCUACUCAAUACAAGAUCAGUAAUAAAAAUGUGUACGUUUGAAAGUUGUGUGAUUACGACGAAGUAUAUCGUUCCCGUUUCGACCAUGUAAAAUCAACUUAAAGUCGCAUUCUUUAGGAUUUCGUUGGUACUUAGCAAACAGAAACUGAGGAUGGAUUUGUAUAAUCAGGUAAAACGUUUAAAAUAUAACACGCCUCGACAAAUAAAA